AUGGCUUUGAGGCCACACAUGCACACUGAUAGAUUGCGGAGACGCCUUACCAACCCCAUGGUCUCUGUCGUUGGCACCUGCAUUCAGGCCACGGCAAACCACAUUCCCCAGUUCCUAGGAGGACGUUUCGUCUUGGGCUUCGGCGUAUCGUUUUGUUGUGUCUCUGCUCCGACCUACGUGAGCGAGCUGGCUCAUCCGAAGUGGAGAGGUACCCUGACUGGACUCUACAACUGCAUGUGGCCAGUUGGGGCUUUCAUUGCCGGUUGGGUUGCAUACGGCGCUUCUUUCAUCCCAGGCGACGGUGGCUGGCGACUUCCUGUUUGGUGCCAGUUGGUCACUUCCGGAAUCGUUGUUGCAUUCGUUUUCUUCUUGCCUGAGAGUCCCCGAUGGCUCGUCGCCAAUGACCGGCACGAAGAGGCAGCAAAGAUUCUAACACAGCUGCACGGCGAAAAGGACCCCAAUCACCCUAUCGUGCAGCUGCAGAUGAAGGAAAUGAUGGCCCAGAUAUCGAACGAGGCUAGUGAUAAGAAGUGGUGGGAUUAUCAUGAGUUGUGGAAUACCCACUCUGCCCGGAGAAGACUUAUUUGUGUACUGGGUAUGGCCAUCAUGGGACAGGCCUCUGGCAACUCUCUAUCAAGCUACUAUCUCGUCACAAUGAUGAACACAGCCGGAAUCACCGAUGAAAAGAAGGUCCUAGCCCUCAACGCCGUCAACAGCAUUCUCGGUCUUCUAGGUAGUGUUAUCGGUGCCCGCCUCACCGAUCGCGUCGGUCGACGACCUUUGCUCAUCUACAGCAUUCUCUUCUGCUCCGUCACUUUUGCCGUCAUCACCGGUACAUCUAAGAUGGCUGUCGAUGAUCCGAGCAACACCAACGCAGCUAACACUACCAUCGCUUUUGUCUUCCUCUUCGGUGUCGUAUUUUCUCUGGGUUGGACAGCACAGCAGAGCAUGUACAUUGCCGAGACUCUCAGCACCUCCACCCGUGCCAAAGGAACUGCCGUCGGCAACUUUGCCUCCUCGGCUAUCUCGCUGGUGCUUGCUUACAGUUCUGGCCCUGCGUUUGAGAAGAUUGGCUACUACUUUUAA